AUGCACUGCAUACUGGCAGUUAUGGAUUACCUCCUGGUAAGCAAUAGGCACCACAUAAACACCCGCAACACCAGAAGAGUUACGAUUGCAUUGCUGGCCGAUGGGGACUUAGGAGUUGGAGAUUUAGGAAAUAGGCAGAGAUUGGAGGCAGUGGCUCACUCACGACACGAAAUACAUCGCUGUUGCACAAUCAUGACGAAAAACGAUGCAGAAACGUUGGAAAGAAUGAAACUUCUGGAAGAAAGGAUAAAGGCCCCAUCCAUAUGGGGCCGGGUAUCUAGUGGCAUCAGAUUCGAAGACCUUCAGGAUAGAAGAUAUGAUGAGGCUGUAAAAUUAUUGAAAAAGCACUAUUUGCCUGAAGAGAUAACGUACAGGUCUAUGAAAAUAGUAGAUGAUAAAGAAGCGACAGACGAGUUCAUACAUAAUGUCAGGAUUUGGAUGAAGGAUAAAAUGUCCCUUGCUGCUGUGAGUGAGGGAAAUGAUCAAUUGGUUGGAGUACUCAUCAUGAGGAUUCAGGAGAAGAGUGCUUUCUCAAGGACGUUCAGCCGCGUCAAGUUGACCCACAAUCCUUUGUACAGCACUGUGAUGAAAUUCUACAAUGAGAUUGAGAAACCAGUUUGUAUCUACGAUGAAUUAGGUGUUAAAAGAUACUUCAAGAUAUAUCUCAUCGCAUUGAAGAAAAGGUACAGGCAUCGAGGUUUAGCAAAACAAAUGUUAAAAGCAGCAAUGGCAUUAAGUGCUAGCGCUGGUGUUGCCGGAAUCGCUGGUAUAUUUACAACAGCAAGAUUACACACAAUCGCCCAAGAAUUAGGAUUCGAAAAGUUGAAUGAAAUUUACUACGUGCGAUAUUUGAUUGACGGGGAGACCCAGCCACGCGUUGCUGUGGCUAAGAUUGUUUUCUGGGACACUGGGCUAGGUAACUACGGUGCAGCGAUCAUGGCACUUCGUAUACCAAACGUGGAAGAAGUUCAAGAGUUGCAGACACAACACUCGUCCAGAUUCAACAUACCUGUGGCAACGGAUGAAGAGGAAACUGAGGAAGAUAAGGCGCAGACUACCCCAGUAACCGAUGCUGCUGCCACUGCAACUACCAAAUCCGACGCAACGCCGACAAAAUAA